UCGUAUUACUUAAGCUGGGAAAUCGUAAUAAGACUCUCGGUUUAAGGUGGCCUUAAAAAAGCUUACUGGAACAGCAAUUAAGUAGCUGUUGUGGCGACCGAUUGCUAACCUUGUCCCUAAGAUGAGCACGCUUUGAGAAAUCUUCACACUUGUUCAUCGCGGAGUUGUUAUUGCAAAACGAACGAUGUCGUCUGAUGCCUUGAACGGGAUGGAAGUAACCGCCGAUAAGGAACAGUAUGGAAACAGGAAUUCAAUAGGAGAUAGAUUGUGGAGAAGUGCUGAAAUGGAGAAUCUACACGUUAAUGAUGACCACAAUGCAUUUGUAAUUCCUGGCUUGAAUUAUCCACAAUCAUGCAACUCAAAUGACGAUGGUUUGCCGCAAGAACAACAGUCGUCAAGGGAAUGGGUCCUGGAGUGGAACAGAAAAAGUGACACCAGCGAGGUUGAGCACUAUCUUCAGCAGAUGCAGAGGUCAAAUAGCUCAUCAGCCCCUGAAACAAACUCAGAUUCGCCAUCAGGGAGUUUUGCUCGUAGUAGCUCAUUGCCAAGAACAGCAGGUCUGGAAGAGGAACAGAUGGAAAGUGAGCCAUUUGAAAUCCAGAAUUUGUCACGUUCACCAAGCAAGAAACUCAUGGAACUGAGGCAGACCAGGGGUGAGGUGACAUCUGAUGAAGGGAUCGCAGAUGAUGGCAGAGGAGCAGGUCAAGUCUUUGCUCAAGAUGAUGAUGUGGAGGACAUGAUGGAAUAUGCAACAUCAGAUGAGGAUGAAACCUACAUGUAUACCAACUUUCUCAAGACAAGAACUUGUUACGACAUCAUGCCGAAAAGCUCCAAGAUUGUAGUGUUUGAUACCAAGCUAAGGGUUAAGAAAGCAUUUUUUGGACUGGUUGCCAAUGGUGUUAGAUCUGCACCUCUGUGGGACAGUGAAAAACAUACCUUUGUUGGAAUGCUUACUAUUUCAGACUUCAUCAACAUUCUUCGCCACUAUUACAAAUCACCAUUGGUCCAAAUAGAUGAAUUAGAGGAAUAUGAUAUUCAAGCUUUUCGAGAUUAUGAUGAUUCCAACUUGAGGCCUGAGUUGAUUCAAAUAUCGCCGAUGCAGAGUCUACUUGAUGCUGUCCAGACAUUGGUGGAGCAUAAAAUCCAUCGACUUCCUGUACUUGAUCCUGUAACAGGAAAUGCUCUUUAUAUCCUGACCCACAAGAGAAUCCUGCGAUUCAUGUUUUCAUCUUUGACACAAACCAGUCCACCAGAGUUCAUGAAUAACACACUUAAAGAACUUGGAAUUGGAACGCACCAUGAUGUAGCUGUGAUAUCUCCUGAGACUCCACUGAUAACAGCCUUCCAUAUGUUUUCUGAAAAGAGAGUUUCUGCUUUACCAGUGGUUGACGAGAGUGGGGUUGUAGUUGAUAUUUAUGCAAGAUUUGAUGUUAUUAAUUUGGCUGCUGAGAAAACUUACAAUAACCUGGAUAUUACUGUAAAGAAGGCACUUGAACACAGAGCAGAUGGAUUUGAAGGAGUCCAUACAUGUUGCUUGGAUGAAACACUACACACCAUUAUUGACAGACUAACUGAUGCAGGGGUUCAUCGUCUUGUAAUUGUUGAUAAAGAAGGUCACUGCAUUGGGGUGUUAUCUCUGUCAGAUAUUCUUAAGUUUUUGGUGUUGAGACCUUUGCAGGGAACAUCAUUCAGUAAUCACGCCCCUGGGCCUAUGGAAUAAUCAGCUUGGUGCUGAUUACAUAAAAAAAUACAGCAGUUAUCAAUGUAGCAGAGGAGUUGGUGGGAGACAAAUCUGUCGGGAAAAGAUAAUGGGCAAAAAAUGCUUAAUUUACCAAGUUACAUGCUAUCACCUGAUUCCAAGUUGAUCAAAUCCUCUGGAAAGGAAAGCCAGGGUAUUUACUACAUCUACUUGACUUUUGUUAGUAUAAUUGACCCAAGAAGUGCGUUCUUCAUCCACUGUUCUUCAACAAUGGAGGAAAGAGAGACAUAUUGGGUAGAUGGCAAAAAUGGAAAUGGUUUUGAAGAAGGAUUGGGUUGUUGUAGUUUGGAAAUAGGUUAAGUUAAGGGAAUUUUAUACUUUUAGCAAACUUUUGUGACUUUUAUUUGAGGUUAAGGUAUUGUAUGUAUUAAUUAAGAAGGGUUGAAGCAGGUUUUCUUUAUUUCAUCAAGCAUCCAAGUUAUCAUGGGCUUGGUCCAUGAAACUUCAAGGAAUUAUGAUGAAUAACUAUCAUUCCUUUUCAUCUUAACUAAGUUGACUUAAAUCCCUUGCUUUCUGCAUUUCUGUCUCUCUGUCAGUGGAGACUGGGGUCACUUCCAGUUACUGGCCAAUGCUUUAAAGGAUAGAGGAAGGUAAUUCAGUCAGAUUGUUUUGGCCAUAAUUUGCUCACUUGUUGCCGUAACAACUGUAUAUCCUCUUUCUCUCCCAAAAAAAUUCUCAAAUGAAAAGAUGUUGAAUAUUUUUACAUCCAUUUAUGGGCAAGUAGUACUAUUUGUAUCUGGACCAUUAAUAUUUUAAGCUGUCAGUAGUUUAUCUUGAUCUUUUGAGGAAAGUUCUUGAAAGAGCAUUGAUGCUGAUGUAUAUGGGAUCCCUGCAUGUGCAUGUCUCUUUCAAGACAGCUUUCUCAACAAGUGGAUUUUUAGUUUCUUUUGAAUAAAUUCAGUAUAACUUCAUGUGAGGCUAUAUUUCUUGUUUUGCUUUAUUAUUCCACUUUGUAGAGUUUUGAUAAAGGUUUUAAUCAAAAUAAAUUUCAGGUCAGGAAAA